AUGGCGCUCACCGUCUCCAAAACCCCAACUAGCAGCGAAUACAAAGUCAAAGAUAUCUCCCAAGCCAACUUCGGCCGCCUUAAGAUCGAGCUCGCCGAGGUCGAAAUGCCAGGCCUCAUGUCUUGCCACACGGAAUUCGGCCCUUCUCAACCUUUCAAAGGCACCCGCAUCACUGGGUCUCUCCAUAUGAUGAUCCAGACCACCGUCCUCAUUGAGACCCUCACCGCCCUCGGCGCUGAAGUCCGGUGGUGCUCGUGCAACAUCUUCUUAACCCAGGACCACGAUGCCGCCGCGAUUUUCGCGUGGAAAGGCGAGAGCUUGGAAGAGUACUAG